AUGGUCCUGGACGUGAUUGAGGACUUGUUGGUGGCGCGUAACUUGAAUUGGGUGCGUCUGGAUGGUUCGACGCGGUUUGACACGCGUCAGGCUGUUGUGCAUCGUUUCAACACCACCAGCUCUGCCGAGUUGGCGGUGUUCUUGCUCUCCACUCGCGCAGGCGGCCUGGGUCUGAACCUUCAGGCUUCCGCCGACACCGUCAUCAUUCACGACGCCGAUUGGAACCCUCAGCUCGACCUUCAGGCCAUGGACAGGUGA